AGCGAAAGGGAUUUUCGGUGAUGGGGCGCAAGCGCGAGCCGGUGCUGACCUUGGCGGCCGCGUCGUCGGCGCCGGCGCCCUCUGGCGACGAGCGCGAGAUCCGCAGAAGCGUGCAGAUGCUGCUAGGACGGUGCGCCGAGCGGGGAACUGCACGCACUGCACCACUGCACCUCGCCACGCCGCAGCCGGCUCCGCCCGCGCGCGCAGGCCGCCCCCGACGUGCUGCCCGGCGUGCCCGCCCUACUUCAAGCACGUCGCGCACACCUGCGACAAGGCAAAGGCCUCCGCGGCUGCGGCGGAGGUCCAGCCACAACCCGCGUGCGCCUCGUGCCCCGCCUGCCCGCCUCGCUAUCGGCACGUGGCCCACACGUGCGGAAAGACGUGCGCCGUGGCCCGCCGCGGACGUCGCCGCCUUCAGCGCGCCCGCCGCCGCCGACGCGACCCUCUUUCCCCGCUAGGUACGUGGGAAAGCGCUACGGCAAGCGGCGGAAGAAGAAGGCCGCUGCCGACACCUCGGCCGAGCAGGCCUCCGCUGCCGCGCAUGCCGCGGAGACGGCGGGAGAGGAGCCCGCGCUCGCCUCCUCCUCCUUCUCGUCCUCCAGGGAGGCGGCCGACGUCGACGACGAUCUGGCGCGGGGCGAGGCCGAGGGAUCCUCCCCCGACGCUCCUUGAAAUUUCGUGUCGCAUUUGAUUGAUUCCUUGCGAGAGCUUCUCUCCUCUGCGAGUGUACCGGUGAUCUAGCAUGGCACGUAGCGCGGACGGUACGUUUCCUCUCUCGGACGACGGACACGUGUGUAUAUACUAUAAAAACCGCCACCCACCUC